AUGAAGAAUUUUCUGGACACAUACAAUGUUGAGACUCCGCUUUGCGACCCGGAGAAGUAUCCGUAUCGGCACGUACUCAUGCGUUUCUUCUGCGAGCGAGAUUAUAUACGUGACAACCAGAGGACUCUCCGCAAUGUGAUGCACUCGGACACUGAUGUCAUUUUCCAGGCAGACAUAUUCGACCCAUCAUAUGUCGACCCCCAGGGGGGUCUGGUAGGCUUUGCAGAAACGUACGCACGAGUGAUUAAAGACUCUGAACCGAACAAGAGAUGGAUAGAGGACUGCUAUGGUCGUGAGGCGCUUGAGACCUUAUUGAUGAGACCGCGUGUGUGCGCCGGCACUAUUUUCGGAGAAGCCAAAGCUUACAUGGAUGCCAUGGACAAAGUUAUGAUACCAAAGCUGCCAACAUGCAACGAUCAAGGAAUCUAUAUCGUGGCGAUGUACUUAGGCAUAUUUGCAAAGGCUGGUAUUAAAACCACAGUGCAGGACUUUGCUCAUGGUGCCGUCGCAACUCUGAACGCACCCAUGGCUCGAGUCGAUAUGUUUGGUCGAGUAGUCAAUGAGGACAUGCGACCUUAUGCGGCGGUACAUAUGGCAAAACGCAAUGCAGUGAUCAAGGAAGUCAUUGAAUCGCAAUACCCUCUUUCAGAUAAAGAACAACUCAAAUUGUCCACUCCAAAUCAAUCUCAGUGGAGAGAUCAGUUUAAGAACGAGAUAAGCAAUAAUGACGAUGACGAUGAAGAGGCACAACACAAAGACACGCCAGACGCAAAGCCUGACAAGGAGGGAAGCUGA